AUGGAGCCCGACGAAGAGAAGCAGCUCUCUAUCAGAGGGACUGAUCUGAAAACGGUCAAAGAUAAACCGGAUAGAGUUGUGGCAUCUGCCUUCCAGCGCUUUAAAGAAAACAGUGCGAGAUCUGACAAGGAGCCUAGUGAUUGGCUCAAGGGCCUGUUGUCGAAGUGGGAGAAUCCUGUUUUCGAAUCAGCCGAGCCUUCGAUUCCUCGGCUCGGCGAUGUCACGGCACCUUCUGGCAAUGAUGCUCCAAAGCCCGACUCGGCCGCGAAGGAUGACAGCGUCGGGUGCUGUGGUGGCACGCAUGCACCUAACAUCAAGCUGUCCGGGCGCAUUUCGAAGCCUGCCCUUGCAGGAGCGGAGGUUGUAUCUCAAGUUGACCAGAAGUUCGUUCUCGUAAAAUUAGGGCGAGAUCAGGUAUCUGGGACCAGGCGAGCUGCGUUACAGGAUAACUCAGUACUAGUCAUGAUUGACCAGCAUGCUGCUGAUGAGCGAUGUCGACUCGAGUCGCUCAUGCAGGACUACUUUGACAAGGCGGAUGGAUCAGACGAAGUGGUUGCGAAGACGCAGCUUCUCGAGAAGCCCCUAUUGUUUGAAUUUUCGACCAAGGAAUCCAUCCUGUUGCGUCGAUAUGUCCAUCAUUUUCGUCGGUGGGGAGUCUUCUACAAACUGCAAGACUUGGAAUCAGCCCAGUGGCGGCACAAAAGCAAACAGCUGCCCAAGGUCGAGGUCCUCAGCCUUCCUCCUAGCAUCCUAGAGAGGUGCAGGAUGGAGCCAAAGCUGGUGUCCGAGCUUCUUCGGAACGAGAUUUGGAAACUUGAAGAAGAGGGCAAGCCUAAUCUACGACCUUUCACUACCGGUGAGAGCGCAUCAGGAGGCGAUGUGGACUGGGUAUCCAACUUCCAUGGUUGUCCUCAAGGAAUCCUCGACAUGCUUAACUCGAGGUCCUGUCGCACGGCGUCAUUGGAGCGCGAGGCACCGACAUUCAUCAACCACCGCUCCUUUCAGCAGUGCUCCCGCCAUUCUCCCUCCCAAGACCUAUCCACGCCGAGAGAUGUAGCUAUGGCCUUUCAGUGGAAGGCAUUCGACUUCUUCGACGUCAGUCAGGUCCGGCUCGCCGACGACGAGACCCGUCUCUUCUUCGAGAGCAACGAGAUCGCCAGCAUAUGCUCCGGCUCCGACAGCUUAUUCCUCGGCAGCUACGAUGGAUACGUGCGGAUCGUGGGGUCGAGCUGGAAGGUCGUCAAGAGCUUCCAGGCUCACGAGGUCGGGACGAUCACGCACAUGCGCCAGAUCGAGGGCACCAGUCUGCUGGUGACGGUCGCCGAGGACUUGAGCAGCGAGCCGGUGCUGAGGAUCUGGGCUCUGGACAAGCUGGUCAAGAAGACCAACAUGCCUACGUGCCUGAGUACCCUCAACAUCAGUAACAACAAGAAGCAGUUCCCGAUAUCGGCAUUGGACGUUCUCGAUAACCUAACGCAGGUCGCGGUCGGCUUCGCCAACGGAACCGUGACACUGAUCCGAGGCGACCUCAUCAACGACCUCGGCGCCAAGCAGCGAAUCGUACACGAAUCAGAGGAGCCGGUGACAGGAAUCGAGGUCAUGACCGAUGCGCAGGGGAUGACGACACUCUUCAUCUCCACAACGGCCCGUAUCCUGAAGCUGGGCAUUACUCGGAGGGGACACAGCAAUCCGCCCAAAACGGUCGAGGACUUGGGCUGCAACGUCGAUUGCAUGACGGUCGACAAGAAGACCGGCGAUGUUGUCGUAGCCAGAGAAGACGCCAUCUAUACCUAUACGUUGGAGGGACGGGGGGCGCCGCGCGCGUACGAGUCGCCGAAGCGGCUGGUCUCGAUCUACGGCGACUACGUUGCGUUGAUCUGCCCGCCGGCAUCUGCCACCACCGACAAGCCGACGGACACCAUGCGACGUCGAUUUGGAGGCGGGGCAGCGGACGCCCUCUUCAACGCGUCUACUUUCGUCCUCCUGGAGGCGGAUCUGAGAGUCAUUGGGCACACACAGUCGUUGAUUUCGCCGUUCAAGGCCAUCUUUGAGAUUUGGGGCGAUCUCUUCAUUCUGACCCAGGACGGCAAGGUGAACCGAUUUCACGAGAAGUCUUUGCAGCAGCGGUUGGAGAUGCUCUAUCAGCGCAACAUGUUUCCGCUGGCCAUCGAGCUCGCGCAGAAGUCGGGGCUUGAUGCGACGCAGCAGAGUGGCAUUUUCCGAAGAUUCGGUGACCAUCUGUACCAGAAGGCCGACUAUGAUGGUGCCAUGGUUCAGUACAUCAAGGCCAUUGACACAACAGAGCCUUCGCAGGUUAUCAGAAAGUUCCUCGACACCCAAAGGAUACACAACCUCAUUCAGUAUCUCGAGCAACUACACGAGCAUCGCAAGGCGACGGCAGAUCAUACAACGCUGCUGCUCAACUGUUAUGCCAAGCUCAAAGACAUUGACAAGCUGGAAGCUUUUAUCAAAUCCCCGGGCGACCUCAAGUUUGAUCUCGAGACUGCCAUCUCCAUGUGCAGGCAAGGCGGGUAUUACGAGCAGGCUGCGUACCUCGCCAAGAAGCACGGCGAAACCGACCUCGUGGUUGAUAUUCUAAUCGAGGACUCCAAGAAGUACGCCGAUGCUCUGGACUUCAUCUGGCGUCAAGAUCCCGAAGUGGCAUAUCCUUGUCUGAAGAAGUAUGCCCGAGUUCUAAUAGAGAACUGCCCGAAGAAGGCAACGUCGCUUUUCGUGGACUAUUACACCGGCAAGUAUCGCCCAAUAAUACACAUGGUCCCUAUCGAAGACAACGACGAGAAUGUCGCGGCCGGAGGCGUCGUUGCUGGCGCCGCAAACGCAGUACAAAAUCUCUCCAACUUUCUUCCCUUGCCUUACAUGAACACAUCCUCCAUUGCCAGCCCAACAACGCCAGGGAACCAGACUAAGGCGAUCAACGGCGAUGGCGCUCUCAUCUUGAAUCCUGACGACAUUCCGGCUCCCAAAUAUACCCCGCCACGACCAAGAACAGCCUUCUCCUCCUUCAUCGACCAUCCAGACGAGUUCAUUGUCUUCCUUGAAGCAUGCUUGGAAGAGCAGGCCUUGGAAGAGAGUGACAGAACAGAUUUAUACACCACCUUGUUCGAGAUGUAUCUCCACAAGUCCAACGAAAAGAAAGGAGAAACACACAGGGAAGAAUGGGAGAACAAGGCAAAGAAAUUGAUCGAGGGCCAAAAUAUUCCAAUGGAGAGCUCAAAUGUCCUCCUUCUUUCCCACUUGUCCGACUUCAAGGACGGCACGACGCUAGUCAAGGAGCAGUCCGGCCUCCUGUUCGACAUCUUCCGCUCUUACACCUCCGCGAAAGACACCCGUGGCGCCAUCAAAGCCCUCCGCAAGUACGGACCCGAAGAACCCCAACUCUACCCAGCAGCCCUGGCCUACCUCACCUCGGACCCGCGCAUCCUCGACGAAGCCGGCCCGGACGAACUCGCCGCCGUCCUCGGCAAAAUCGACAAGGACGGUCUCAUGGCUCCUCUCCAAGUCGUCCAAACCCUCGUCGGCCAGAACGGGUCCGCGGGCGGCGUCGCCACAAUGGGCAUGAUCAAGCCGUACCUGCACGAGACGAUCGAGCGCGAGCGCAAGGAGAUUGCAGCCAACCGCCGCCGCAUCUCCGCCUUCCGGAACGAGACGGAGCAGAAGCGCGCAGAGCUCGCCGACCUGGGCGCCAAACCCGCCGUCUUUCAGUCCACCCGUUGCGCCUCCUGCACCGCGCCCCUCGACCUCCCCGCCGUCCACUUCCUGUGCAAGCACAGCUUCCACCAGAGGUGUCUCCGCGUCGAGGGCGAGUGCCCGCAGUGCGCCACCGACAACGCUACCAUCCGCGCGCUGCGCAAGACGCAGAUCGAGACGGCGGGCAAGCACGAGCUCUUCAAGGCGGAGUUGGACAGGAGCGAGGACCGCUUCGGGACCGUCGCGGAGUGGUUUGGUCGGGGUGUCAUGGGGGCGCCUAAUGCCGAUACUGCGUGA